CCGGCCGGCGUGUCUCCUCCAUCAACGUCUUUUGAAAAUUUUCUCUGAACUCACUCCUAUCGCUCCUCUCGCCAAUGCAAAUAAAAACGAUUUCUUCAUUAAAUAAAAUAAAAAUAGGUUUAAUGACGAAUGAUUAAUAAAUAAUAAAAUAAAAAGAGAAACAAUUUCCGAAUUUAUCCGGUUUAUAUUUUCGAGGAAAGCCUUCUUAAGGAAGCGAAAUGGCGGGAUGGGAUGACAGUGAUUUAUCGUCGGGUUCACCGUCGGGGAGCGGAGCAGGCGAUUCAUCUCGUAUCGCGGCGCGAUCGUUGCUCGGCGAAUCGUUCAAGGAUCGCAUGCUAUUGGGGAUCCGAAUCUGCAAAGAGGAUCUGAAGCGGAAGAUUAUGAUGCCACAAUACCUUCGGCUUGCCAUGCGAGAUGCUAUUCGGUUUAAGGACCCGAACGCCAGUGACAUGUACGUGGGGAAUGGGAACGAGGAGGCACCUCAGGCGCCAAUGGUGGUGUUCGUGAAUUCGAGAAGUGGAGGACGGCUUGGGCCGUUUCUAAAAGAGAGGCUUCAGGAAUUGAUGGGUGAAGAACAAGUUUUUGAUCUUUCAGAUGUGAAGCCUCUAGACUUUGUUCACUAUGGAUUGGCUUGCUUGGAGAAGUUGGCUGAUUAUGGUGAUGAUUGUGCAAAGGAUACUCGUGGAAAGAUGAGGGUUGUGGUUGCAGGGGGUGAUGGCACAGUGGGUUGGGUUCUUGGAAGUCUUGCAGAACUUUAUAAGCACAACCGAGAGCCAGUUCCUCCAACAGGAAUCAUUCCACUUGGUACUGGCAAUGACCUAUCUAGGAGUUUUGGUUGGGGUGGUUCAUUUUCAUUUGCAUGGAGGUCAUUUGUGAAGAGGUCUUUGCAUAAGGCUGUUAUUGGUCCAAUUUGCCGUCUUGAUAGUUGGCGCAUUCUGGUUGCAAUGCCGGCUGAAGAAAGUGUGGAACUGCCUCAUUGUCUGCACUAUUCAGAGGAGUGUACUCUUGAUCAGGAGUUAGAUAUUGAAGGUGAAUAUCCUGAAAGCCAAACUUUCUUUGAGGGUGUAUUUUAUAAUUAUUUUAGCAUAGGGAUGGAUGCACAAGUUGCUUAUGGGUUUCACCAUCUACGUGAUGAAAAACCAUACCUUGCMCAAGGUCCAAUAUCAAAUAAGUUGAUCUACUCCGGAUAUGGUUGCUCUCAGGGUUGGUUUUUCACACCUUGUAUGAGUGAUCCAGAUUUAAGGGGCCUCAAGAAUAUUUUACGAUUGCAUAUUAAAAAGGUCAAUUGCUCAGAAUGGGAAAAUGUUCAAGUCCCUUCAAGCGUUAGGGCAAUUGUUGCCUUAAAUCUUCAUAAUUAUGGGAGUGGGAGGAAUCCAUGGGGUCAUCUGAAGCCAGAGUAUAUGGAAAAGAGAGGCUUUGUUGAACCCAAUAUGGAUGACGGUCUUCUCGAAAUCUUUGGCCUAAAGCAAGGAUGGCAUGCAUCAUUUGUUAUGGUUGAACUCAUCUCUGCAAAACAUAUUGCCCAGAAAUUUACUGCUUUCAGGCUGCUGCAAUUAGAUUGGAAAUUACAAGCGGUGAGUGGAGAAAUGCAUAUAUGCAGAUGGAUGGAGAACCAUGGAAACAGCCAAUGAACAGGAACUAUUCUACACUUGUGGAGAUAAGGAGGGAACCGUUUCAAUCCCUAAUGAUCAGUGGAGAGUGAUUUCUCUGGAUUUUCAUUAGCUAGUAUUUGCAGCGUAGAGUGUAUAUCUGGUGUUAUAAUUUAUCUGGAAACCAUGUAAAGCAAUUAGUCAACCUAGAGCCUGUAAUUUAUCUUAUGUAAAAUUAUUAGAAAUUAUAUUGGAACAAUAUUUUUCCAAGUUCAUUAUUAGUGCAUUCUAUGUAUUUUGUUUCCAUUGCACACAGCUGCGGAGCUAUCAAUGUGGUAUGGAC